UUUUCGAUUUUAAUUACAAUUUUUAAUGGCACACCUAGGUAAAUUGAAAGUUACAUACAACACUUCCCCGGAACCAACUGUCAGUCAAAUACGAUAAUAUCAAAACAAAUAAAAAUACGAUUGAGUUCCAACCAAGCGUCAAGGGUCAAAAGAGUUAAGCAAAGAUUUGUCUAGAGCAUGAUGACAGGCACCGACAACGAAUCGUUGCUGGAAGAGGGUGAUGGCCAGCCUCGCUUGACCAUUUGGCAGAAGGUAACAAUUGAAUUGAAUUCCCAUGAAGUUCUUAAGCCUGAAAAAACCAGUUGGCGUGGUCGUCUUCAAUGGAUUUUGGCACCCAUGCUCAGCGCAGCCACUGGGUUGAUCCUUUAUUACCAAGGACCCUGGUAUGGAUUGGCCACCUUCUAUGUGAGCUUGGUAGCCGCUCUGCUGGUUCGUCCUGGAUGGCGAUGGUUCUAUAUAGCAAUGGUAACCACUCCCAGAGAUACCAGAGCUCUCUUUUCCUACAUCCGUGUUCUGCUGUUCAUCAAACGGCAGGAGAGGAAGAAUGUGAACAUCGGUGAUAUCUUCGAGGCAAAUGUGGCUCGGCAGCCCGAUAAGUUGGCCAUUGUCAGCGAAUCCCAGCAGUGGACCUUCCGGCAGCUAAACGAACACUCCAACCGUGUGGCCAACGUCUUCCACAGUCAUGGGUACAAGAAGGGCGAUGUGGUGGGCCUGCUGCUGGAGAACCGAGCCGAGUUCGUGGCCACCUGGCUGGGUCUAUCCAAGAUCGGAGUAAUUACCCCACUGAUAAAUACGAAUCUCCGGGGAGUAUCUCUCCAGCACAGCAUUACGGUGGGCCAGUGCACGGCUCUCAUUUAUGGGGCCAGCUUCAGAUCGGCAGUGAUGGACAUAGCCAAGGAUCUGCCUGCCCACGUCGGCUUGUAUCAGUUCAACGAUGAGGCCAACCAGGAAAUGGUGGCUUCAGAGGGACUCAGCCAAGGACUGGCCCAGCAACUAAAUGGGCUCCUGGAAACAGCUGCCAAGGAUAAGGUAGCCGCGGGAGCUUCCCGACCAGAUCAUCAUGAUAAGUUGGUGUAUAUUUAUACCUCGGGAACGACAGGUUUGCCCAAGGCAGCAGUCAUCACGCAUUCACGAUACUUCUUCAUAUCCGCUGGCAUUCAUUUUACACUUGGUUUUAAGGAUCAGGAUGUUUUCUACACGCCCUUACCCCUAUAUCACACUGCUGGCGGAGUGAUGAGCAUGGGACAAGCUCUCCUCUUUGGCUCCACGGUGGUCAUAAGAAAAAAGUUCAGUGCCUCUGGAUAUUUUGCCGAUUGCUCACGGUUUCAGUGCACAGUUGGCCAGUAUAUUGGAGAGAUGGCUCGCUAUAUCUUGGCCACACCAUCUGCUCCCCAUGACCGCAAGCACCAAGUCCGCAUGGUGUUUGGCAAUGGAUUGCGUCCACAGAUUUGGCCACAAUUCGUCGAGCGUUUUGGAAUCGGAAAGGUGGGUGAAUUCUACGGAGCCACCGAGGGUAAUGCCAACAUUAUGAACAAUGACAGCACCGUGGGAGCCAUUGGCUUUGUGUCCCGGAUUAUGCCACAGAUCUAUCCCAUAUCGAUCAUUAAAGCAGAUCCUCACACCGGUGAGCCUUUGAGGAAUAGCAAAGGACUCUGCGAGCGGUGUAAGCCCGAUGAGCCGGGCGUGUUCAUCGGAAAGAUUGUAAGGGGUAAUCCCUGCCGCGAGUUCCUGGGCUAUGUGGACCAGAAGGCCUCCUCCAAGAAAGUAGUGCACGAUGUCUUCUCCAAGGGUGACAUGGCCUUCAUCUCGGGCGAUCUUCUGGUGGCCGAUGAGCGUGGCUAUCUGUACUUCAGGGAUCGCACAGGUGACACCUUCCGCUGGAAGGGGGAGAAUGUGUCCACCAGUGAAGUGGAGGCGCAGAUAAGCAAUCUGGCUGGUUACAAGGAUGUCAUUGUUUAUGGGGUCAGCGUACCUCAUACCGAAGGCAGAGCUGGAAUGGCUGCUAUCUACGAUCCCAGUCGCGAGGUGCAGGUCAGUCAGCUAGCCGUGGAACUAGCGAAGGCACUUCCCAGCUAUGCGAGACCCCAGUUCCUGAGAUUCCUGCGAAGGAUUGACCUCACGGGCACCUUUAAGCUGCGCAAGGUUGAGCUCCAGCAGCAGGGCUUCAAUCCGGAUAUUGUAGACGACGAACUGUACUAUGUCCAGCCAGAUGGCGUGUAUGCUCCACUCACCUCAUCCAUUUACGAGAGGAUCCAGAGGAACGAACUCCGCUUUUAGGAGCCCCCCAGACUUCCCUAUAGACGAGGAGAAGUCAAGACUGUGCCCCAUACAUACACAUGUAUAUAAGUAAAAUGGAUUCUGGUUGCUUCCAAUCUGAAUUUCGAUUAGGUUUAACCUGGUAAAGUUGAUUAUUUCGCUAGCAUUAAAGUAAUGUUAAAAAGAGAAAAGUUA